AUGGAGGACGCGCCUUCCAUUCUCGAGAUCGAGGUUUUCAACUACGACGGACCCUUCUCGGAACCUUCCCUGCUCGGCCGGGCAGAAAUAAACUUCCUCCGGCAGUCGGCGCAGGACCUCGCGGACCUCUGGGUGCCGCUAGAGGGCAGGCGGGCGAAAGUUCAAGCUGCCCGGAUCCACGUUCGAGUGCUUCUGACCAAUACCUCUGAAGCUGCGGCUCCUCUGGUGCUUCAGAAGAUUAGCAAGGAAGUGGGCAGCAAGGGUGGCGUGAUGGGAGUUUUCAUUGCAGAAGAACCUGGCCUUCCAGCGCCUGGCGGUGUGAGGGAGUUUUCAUUGCAGAAGAACCUGGCCUUCCAGCGGCUGUUUGAUCUGCCUCGUCGCCGUGCCUUCAGCCAACUUUUUUUUUACCCUCCCCCCCUCUUCCCCCUCCCCCUCGCCCCACCAGGGCGGUGUGAGGAGUUUUCCUUGCAGAAGAAUCUGGCGUUUCCAGUGGCUGUUCGACCUACCGGACAGCGAGUGCCUCAUAAACGACUUCUCCUGCAUUCUCAGGAAAGGGCUGCUCUGCUCUCCCAGGGCCGCCUUCACAGGGGCGCCUCUUCCUCUCCCCGUCCCCCUCCCCGUGGACACUUGCAUCAAACUCACCCUCCUCUUCCGUCCCCCCACCUUCCCCCCCCUCUCUCCCCUUUCCCCACUCCCUUCCCCCUCGCCCCACCAGGGGGGUGCCGCCUCUUCCUCUCCCCGCGCCUCCUCGCCUUCUACUCUUCUGUCUUUGGCACGCGCAUCAAAUUCACUCUCCUCUGGGAAGACAUAGACGAGAUUGACGACAGCGUGCCGUCUCUCUUCGACCAAAAGGAGUCCCAAAAAGAUGCCAAGUCUCAAACGGCCCAGGCUUCAUUGACUAGGUCGCAACCGAUCAAGACUCAGACGGCCGCCGCCGCCCAGAAAUCCUCCAUGACGACCUUCAAGCGCAUGCUCAACCCGGCGAUCACCGUCUUUGUCAAAAAGGACAAAGGGACGGCGGAAACCCGGGCGGCAGCGCACGGCGUGGACUCGCACGGGCGGCUGAAGAUCCGAUUCCAGUCGUUUGUCCGGCCAGUGCAGCAGUUCCUGGCCUCGUUUGAUGACCCAGCAGCCACUGCUGCCAUGAUGGAGAAGGCAGGGCAGAUGGGUGCGGAGAUUGGCGAGUGGGAGGCGGUGGAAGUUGGGGCCACGCCAGCGAGCGUGUAUUCUUCUUCCACCAACAAAUCGCCUCCCUGCCUCUCCCAUUGCUCCCCUGGGCAGGUCCCUCUCCUCUCCCCAACUGUCCCUGUCCUCUCCCCAACCGUGACCGCGGUGCAGCAGAUGACUCAGGAAGCCAGCACCCCGGGCAGCAUCCCGGGCGGCAUCUCGGGCGGCACCCCGGGCGGCAGCCAGGACGGCGGUAUCCAGUGGGCGUGUUUGGAGCAGGUGCUCACUCUCCACAGAGUCCCCUUCGGCGACAGCUUUCAGUUAGAGUUUUUUCAAGAGAUCAAGGCCAAGGAGAUAUUCUCCCUGCCAGGAGCAGCAAGCACGGCAGCAGGUGCAGCAGCAGCAGACGUGGGAGCAGGCAAGAGCAGCGCAGCAGAUACGGCCUACUCGUCCUCUAGCCCAGCAGAAGCUGCUGCUAGCGCGGCCAGGGGAGCAGCCGCUGUCGCCUCCGCACUGGUUGCCGCUGCAGGCGCACUCAAACUCACGGCACGCGGGGCAGCAGCAGCAAGCGGUACGGCCACAGGUGACGGAGGAGGAGCAGGUGAGGAGAGAGGAACAGCAGGCGGUACAGCAGGAGCAGCAGGGGGGACGGCAUUGGGAGCGAGUGGGUUACAAGAGGGGGUGUUGCAGGAUGACAGGGUGCGAUCGGUGCUGCACGUGCGAAUGGCGAUUGCAUGGCACAAGGAGCUUAGUGAGGCGACACGCAGCAAGAUCAAGAGCAGCAUUGGGCGAUUCUACAAGCAGCAGGCACGCCGCGUGGUUGAACUCAUGGCUGCUCAGGGGACCUGA